AUGGCGACAAGCACCUGGAGUUCAGCUCCCUGCGGAGGUGCAUGUGGAGCUCCAUGUGCAUGCUGGUGGAGCUGCUGUACCGUCUGCGAGGACACAAAAGGCGACGAUAAAAAUGCAAAGAAGAAGAACAACAAGAAGACCAGCCUGAGCCGAGCCAAUAAGAAGAAGCCGGUGCCCAAUGUGUCCAAUGCUUCGCAGGAACUCUAUGCCACUAUGGAAAAACACAAAGAGGUGUUCUUCGUGAUCCGGCUGAUCGCGGCGCCCAUGGCGAACGCGUUGCCCCCCAUCUCAGACCCGGAUCCCCUGAUGGCGUGUGACCUCAUGGACGGCCGCGACGCCUUCCUGACGCUGGCCCAGGACAAGCACCUGGAGUUCAGCUCCCUGCGGAGGUGCAUGUGGAGCUCCAUGUGCAUGCUGGUGGAGCUGCUGUACCGUCUGCGAGGUGAGUCGGGGGGACGCGGAUACAUGUUUCAUUAAGACUUAUUAGGAGGACCCCGAACUCGAUAGCGGCCGUGUCA